AUGAAACCCUCACUUUUCGUGUUUUAUCUUGCUGCUGGUGCCUCUGCGACAUCGUGGUUUGGCUCAGACGAUCCACCAGCGUACUCUUCGUGGUCGACGACUGAGCUGAAGAAAUGGCUCGGGGAACACAACAUCAACGUUCCCGAUGCUUCUUUCUCUCAAGAACAACUCCAAGCCCUUGUCCAAGCCAACUGGAACGCAGCCACUGCCUGGACCCACGAACAAUAUACCAACGCACAGAAAUCUUUCGCCGACCUUCGUGAUUCUUCGUUUGACGCAUGGGAUGAGUCUCGUCUCCGUGACUUUCUUCUUCAGCAGGGUGUUGUUGCACCCAGCGGUCCCAGAGAACAACUUGUUCUCCUUGCGAAGAGUCAAUACGCGGCGUAUACCAAAGCAGCAUCCAGCCUGGGUGCUCAGGCAAGUACGGCCGUUUAUGGUGAUACGCGAUAUCAAAUGUCGAAAACCGUCUCGAGUGUGGUCGCUCAAGCAACACGUGAGGCUGCGCGCCAGAUGGAUGACACGAAAGAUUAUGUAUAUUCGACUUGGGAAGACAACCGACUUCGAGACUAUCUCGUUGAGAAGGGUGCUCUUGCGCGCGACGCCGCUGAGAAAAAGCGCGUCGAGUUAUUGACGAUGAUGCGCGAUGUUUAUGCCCGCUUUACCGACCCCGUCUGGAAGGCGUGGUCAGAUUCCUAUAUGCGCGAAUGGCUGGUAGCUCACGACAUAGUCGCACCUGGCUCUCCGCCAUCGACUACAGAAGUCCUGCAAGCGAAAAUGUCUCAGUAUUACUACGACGUGAACGACAGUGUUUGGAGUACCUGGUCCGACAGCGAUAUGAAGGCGUGGCUUGUUGCCCAUGGUGUCAUCAAGAGCGAUGCUCAGGCUAAACGUGACAAACUCGUUAAACUUAUCCAAGACAACUACGUGAACGCACAAGACACACUAUGGGAGGCCUGGAGCGAUAGUCAAAUGCGCGAAUGGCUUGUGGAGCAUGGAGAAAAUACCAUUCCCGCCAAACGUGACGAAUUGAUCAAGCUCAUGCAAAAGAAAUACGACGAUGCUGCUGGUCUCACCGCAUCUUAUCUCACCUGGCCAGACGCCAGACUCCGUGCCUAUCUUCGUAAUCACGGUAUUGACGAGUCUGCUCUACCAACUUCUCGUCCUGGACUCUUACAGGAGACUCGUAUUCGCUGGGUGCAAACCAUGACCACCUUCGAGCGCAUUCGGGAGAUCGUGAAUUCAGGCAUUGGAGCAGCCGAAGACAAGCUGAGCAGCGUAUUGGAGAUUUUGAAGGGUGAAGGAGAGAAGACGAAGGAUGACUUGAAAGCGGACGCAAAGCAAGCCAAGGCAGAUGUGAAGAAGGGCAAGGAGAACAUCAAGACGAAAGCCAGCGGCGAGCUUUAA